GCAGACGUAUUAAGUGACGCGAACGGUCACAGGACACAUCUGACGACAGAGGCCUGGACGCUCGGAGGCGGUGCCGGGGAGGUUUUUUCAUCUCUUGGCAACGAGGAAGAACGAAACCCGGAAUUUUAGGAGUUGCGCGUUCGUUCCAAAGUGUAACAGAGGCGUAUCAUCUCCUUUUCCCUCUGGCGAUUGGAGAUGGCAUUGGUGAAAAGUGGAUGGCUGCUCCGACAAAGUACUAUAUUACGACGCUGGAAGAAAAAUUGGUUUGAUUUGUGGUCUCAUGGCCAUUUAUUGUUUUAUGAUGACCAACAUCGGCAUGAUCUAGAAGAUAGAAUUCACAUGAAAAUUGACUGUAUCAAUAUCAGAGGGGGAAAUGAAUGCCGAGGUUUCCAGCCUCCAGAGGGUAAGGCUAAAGACUGCUUACUGCAGAUAAUUUGCCGUGAUGGGAAGGUGCUCAAUCUCUGUGCAGAAAGUACUGAUGAUUGCUUGGCUUGGAAAAUUGCUCUUCAGGAUGCCAGGACAAAUGAGGCUUAUGUUGCUUCUGAAGUGAUGUAUGAUGACAAUGCAAUUUCUUCAGCACCUCCUCCAUACACAGCUUAUGCAACACCAUCACCCGAGGUUUAUGGUUACCCACAAUACAAUGGUGCAUAUCCAGGGUCUCAGAUCAUCUAUACUUCUAAUGGACAGACGUAUGCUGUACCUUACCAAUAUCCAAACCAAGGACCAUAUGGCCAGCUUCCUGCAAACCAUGUCAUCAUUCGAGAACGUUACCGAGAUAAUGAUGGAGACCUGGCAUUGGGCAUGCUGGCUGGGGCAGCAACAGGAAUGGCCCUGGGCUCAUUGUUUUGGGUGUUUUAGGUUUCCUUUGGAGCUUCAGGAUGAGGGAGAUUCUUAUUAUCUUCUGUGUAUUUUUAUUUAUAUAUAUACUCACACACACACACACACACACACGCAAAGUACUUCAGUUCAGUCUAUAGGUGUUUCAUAAGCUCUAACAAUGCUUUUGCUAGUGAUACACGGGAAUUAGUUAAUCACAUUGUUAAUCAUCCAAAAAGUUCACUUUAGUUAAAAAAGCCAGGUAAGUUUCAGCCUAUAUAGUGAUAAACAAGUAGCAGUAAUAACAAGUGAAAUAUUACUAAUGGUGGCUAAACAGCCAUAGCUGACUUCAUUUUAAAGUGAAAUAUUAACCAUUCUGUUAAAAUUACUUUAACUGCUGCUUCAGAAGGAAGCUCAAGUAUCUUUUUUAAACACUCCUCGAAGACAAAAGAUCAUGACUUAGUAUACACUCUAUUAGCUCCGAGAGGGAGAGAGAUGACAGACAGACAGACAGACGGAGUCUAUUCAGGUUGUUCUUGCAUUUUAGCAGCUGCUAAAUACUUAUCAUAAAGGCAGAUAGACUAUAUAAAUCUUCCUAGAUCAUUAAGCCAUAAACACUCUGACAUUUUGUUUGUCCUGAAAAUAUUCAUAUCUGUACUUGAAAGGUAGAAAGGAGUUUGGUGACCAUACAAAUAAUGCCAGUGUCAUAGAAGUCGCUAUUUCAUUUAGUUGUAAGACUAGUAAGAGACUGGACAUCAUCCUCUGGAUGUUUUGUGUUGAAUUAUCAGUACUCUGGAGGUUAUACUUCCUAGAAUUCUGGAAGUUGCCAUCCCAUCACAUCAGGGGGGAUGCCAAGGUAGGGAAUAGUAAGUAUUAAUGCCCUGACUUGAGAAUUUUAGCUAUGCCAGAAGAAAUCGAGUAGCAAAAUAAUUCAACCUGUGUGUGAUAAGUCUUUGGGUCUUAAUAAAUAGUAGGUGAUGUUAUGGUCAUACUGGGCAUUUAAAGCUUUUUUAGGUUGUUUUAAAUAUAGGAGAUUAUAAUUAUAGAGAAUGGAGGCUAACUAAAGUUUAUUCAUUUCUUUUCAUUGCAUAUUAUUUUUAACAAUUAUUUACUCUUCUGGUACAUUAUAAAGGUUAAGGCUGCUGUACUUCCAAGAGCUUCUGAUGAGUUUCAUUUUCUAUUUUUAGCUCACACACAAUAUUAGCAGUAAGAACCUGAUAUUUUUAUAGAUAAGCAAUGCAUGCAUGUCCUGUUGAAAUGUUAAGAUGUGCAUAAAAUUCUUCCAAUUGUCUUUUAUUGUCUGUUGUUUUGUUUUGCAAAGUUGAAACUUUCACAGAAGCAGACUUGGGUCAUGCCAGGUACCAUAAAGGCAAAUGCUAGUGCAGUGUGCGAUGUCUCUGCUGAGACAGAAUAAUUAAUUCAAAGGCAGAUGAUGGUACAGGAAGUCUUAACAUUGGCUUCCAUAAGCUUUGCAUUAAGCACAUACUGCUACUUUCUGCCUUAGAGGUAUAGGCAGCAACUGCUGAAGUUUAAUGAGAGACAGGGGUGUUAUCCAUCAUUGUUGAACUUGGAACCUUUCUUUUAAAGAAAUAAUCCCUCUGCUGAGGUGUUUCUUCACUGUUCCUGUGAGUAGAUCCAGUCUAGGACAUUUCAAGUGAUCACACUGUGAAUUGAAGAUAAUAAAUGUUUCAUAAAUCUGAUAUGUAUUUAAAUAAUAUAUAAGUUACAUUGGAAUAUAUGUUACAUUGGAAGCCUUUAAGAUAUAAGAAGCUGAUUAUAUAGUAAAAAUUAAUACUAGCUUUUGCUCUUUUUCUGUAACUUGUUAAGUGCAACUUUUAUGUCCUUCAUAGAUUUCCCUAAAUCCCAUUUCUAUGUAUUUGUACUUCGAAAAAAAUAAAUUUAGUCUUUGAACUGCUGGCAAGUUGAAA